CUGAUCAAUUAGUAGGGCUGCAAGCUCAAUUCCACGCUGGCUGGAAAACAAAAUUUAUAAAUAUUAAAGCAAAAAAAAAUAAUUUAUAUCUUUGAAAAUGGCUCCGCCGGCAGCUCGUCAGCGUUAUAUUGCGAACAAGGCGGAUAAUCAGAUACUGACCAAGAAGCCACCGAAACGUCUAAGUCUAAAUGGCAAAGACAAAAUUGCCGGCAGCGCAGCCGGCACUAAAAAGGAGAAGGAUAAAAAGCGUAAAACGACCACAGCCCCACCUGAGAAGGGUAAUGGAAGUCCCAUCAUGCCCAGCGUUCACACUGCCUUUAAAACGUUUGUGAGCGCUCGUCUUUGCAGUGCUAUUUGGGCUUAUAUUGCCGAUUGCGACGAGACUUUUAAUUAUUGGGAACCGCUUCACUACAUCAUCAAUGGCCAUGGCCUCCAGACCUGGGAAUAUAGUCCACAAUUUGGCCUACGCUCGUACACUUAUUUACUCUUGCAGGGUGUUCCCGGCUAUUUCUAUCAGAAGAUAUUCAAUCCAAGUCCAAUAUUGAUAUUCUAUAUGGUACGUUGUAUGCUAGGAUUCGCUUGUGCAGUGAUGGAACGGUUUAUGUACAAAUCCAUUUGCCAGGAGUUUGGCAUACACAUCGGACGUCUCUGGUUAAUAUUCCAGCUAUUCAGUGUCGGCAUGUUUGUAUCCAGUACUGCCCUCUUGCCAUCAUCGUUCUCCAUGUACUUUGGCUGCUCGGCAUUGGCAGCCUGGUGGCAGCAACACUAUAGCCUGUCAAUUUUUUUCACUGCCAUAUCUGCAUUACUCGGUUGGCCAUUUGCUGCUCUUAUUGGUGUGCCAAUGGUAUUAGAAAUGUUGCUUAGACAGCGAGAUUGGAGAACUUUUGUCCAAUGGUCCCUGAUAUCGGGUUUAACAAUUUCCUUACCAAUGAUUGGCAUCGACACAAGUUAUUUUGGCAAAUUGACAUUUGCUCCCUUGAACAUUGUUUGGUAUAAUGUCUUUACUAGUCAUGGGCCAAAUAUAUUUGGCACUGAACCGCUCAGUUAUUACUUAAUUAAUGGAUUCCUUAAUUUCAAUAUCAUUUGGCUUUUAGCACUUCAACUGCCGAUCAUGCUGGUCAUGGAUUAUCUUAUAGUGCCCGCCAAAUCAAAGUCUACUUUAAAUUUUCCCCACUACAUCUCCUUGGCCCCAUUUUAUCUGUGGCUUUUAGUAUUCUUUGCCCAACCGCAUAAGGAGGAGCGUUUUCUGUUCCCCGUUUAUCCUCUUAUCUCUCUGUGCGGUGCCAUUACCGUCGAUGUCUAUCAACGAAUAUUCUUUCGCAUCAAGUCGCUCGCUUUCAAAAUCAAAUCGAGUGUCCAUUAUUUGGAUCAAAGUAUGUUCAUAGCCAUUCUGGUAAUGGUCUUGAGUACGGUUCUGGGUCUAUCUCGUGUCUUUUCGCUUUAUCGCAACUAUCAUGCACCCAUGGACCUAAUGUUGGAAUUGAAUCAAUUUAAGGUCACACCUCAGUACAAUCCCAAUAUGAUUUAUAACGUUUGCAUUGGCAAAGAUUGGCAUCGUUAUCCCGGCAGUUUCUUUUUCCCCGCUCGUAACUUUCGUUUACGUUUCCUGAAAUCAGAAUUUAAGGGCAUGUUGCCGGCUUACUAUGCCGAUGGGGCAAAUGCCACACAGAUUGUUCAUCCAUAUUUUAACGAUAUGAAUCAAGAGAACGAAUUCAUGUACUUUGAUUAUAAUCAAUGUCAUUUCCUAAUCGAUUUCGAUCACGGCCAGUAUACCGAAUUGGAGCCAAAUUAUGCCAAACGAUCCAAAGACUGGACAAUUAUGAAAAGUUUGCCAUUCCUUAUACCAGAAAAGUCGCAUCAACUAUUUCGUGCCUUCUAUGUGCCAUUCCUAACCGACAAUCACAUUCAGUAUGGCGAUUUUAAUUUACUCAAACGAAAGACAAAACGAAAUGGUAAUGGCAGUUAGAAUUCCUCUUGAAAGAAAGUCAAGAAUUCAAAUCGAUCAGCCAAUAUAUUCGAUUGGACGUUAAAUCUUUUUCAUUGAUCAGAUAGCAAAUUUUCUAUGAAAAUUUUGUGAAUUUACCAAGGCCGAAAUGAUGUUCUAUUUGCACUUUUAUUGCUAACAAUUCUAUAAUAUAUUUCACGUAAUUAUCAGAAAAGAUACUACAACUAAUUUAUGUUUCCUCCCUCCUAUCACUCUGUCCUAAUCUGUGAGUCCACCGAGUUUCCUAAUUAUUUUGUAUUAAUUUUAUCACAGUCAUUUGUCAAUGCCAAAGUUUUGUACUCAAAAAAAAAAACAAAAAAAAAUCGAUGAGAUAAGCUGAAUUCAAUUAGAUUUUAAGUGCCCAAAUUAAAAUGCAAACAACGAAAUUCUUAAUUUAA